AUGUCUCGGUCUCUGAUACCAGCUCUAUUCAAGCGAGCAGAUCCUCCGAUAGAGAUCUCAGAGGAGGGUCGACCAUUCACCAUCGAGAUCGAGAUUCGAACAAAAGAUCACUCGCCUCGUCAAGUAUAUGCUGUUCUCGACACCGGUUGCCCAGUAGAUCUAGUAAGUCUCUGGUUUGCCCGGAAGCAUCUGCUUAAAAGAGGUGAGGAUGGAAAAGAUAAGGGUGAAGGAGAUAAGGGUAAAGGAGUUGAGGGUGAAGAGGAUGAGGAUGAGAAGCGCCGGGAGAUAGAUGGAGUCAAGGUUCCCGGGGCUAAACUCAUAAGCUCUGGCGAGUGGUGCGUCCGACUCAAAACCAGAUGCAGUCUAGGUGAAACAAUCAGGUUUAAAAGUGUCUGCGCAGGGAUCGAACGAGACCCUCGAUUGCCCCCAGUUGUCAUCGGCAUGGCAACUCUCAAAGCUCAGCAAUUCCUCCUGGUCCCUCGACUCCAGGCCUGGUGGCGGCCAUGCAGGCCCCCCCUUACUAUCGGGAAACGACCUGAGGCAGUCCCGAGUGACCUUUUUGCACCGGAGAAUUCCUUCUUCGAUGGGAAAGAAAGGAUGCCCUUACGGGUCAUUUUUGAUACAGGCACCGUCAUGGAUGGUGUUUGUAUCAAGUUUGCAAAGAAACAUUUGAGGAAGGUCACUGCGCCAGAGUGCACCUGGAUCGAUGUUGAAGGCGAAGAGCAGACCUGCGAAGGACUUUGGGAGCUGCCUCUUUGCCUCACAAGUAAAGAUGAUAAGCAGAGAUCAUUUUCUGUUCUGUGCUGGGGUAUGGACCUUGGUGAACCAUACUCCGGGGGUCAUCAUAGCGUGCGGCUUUCCAAAACAACGCUCGCCGAGCAGAAUAUUCAUCUCGACUGUGGGCCCUUGAGCUUCACCUUUGAGAAGACAACUGCGCAAACUCUAAAGAAUUGGGGCAAAAAGGUUAUAGACGGGACGAAAUCUCUGAACCACAAGUUGAGAGAGCACAAGAUGCCCAAGACUGACGAGAAAUGA